UUGGCCAAUGAGGUAAUCGGGGUAAACAGUAAAGAUGGCGACGUCUGUAGCCGUAGAGGGACAGCGAAGUGUGAAUGGCACUGUUUCUGACCAGCAAACCAAAAAACUGACAGACUUGCCGACCGAGUUGCUCGAACUCAUCCUGUGCUUCCCUGUUCUCAAACAUGUCGACAUUUGCAACGUGUCCUGUUGCUGCAAGCGGCUGCACGACGUCUGCCACGGACGGGGGAAGGUCUGGGGACACCAGUACAAACUCAGAUGGCCCAGACUGCAGAGGUUCUACCGCCAGAACGAGUGCUGCGACUGGCUCAGAGAGUACAAAACCCGGCACAGAGUGGGGAUUCAGAUCCAAAGGACCGUGGAGUCGAUCUCCAAGAGGUUUUUCACAGAAGUCCCCUGCGUUGGCCAGGUGCUGGGCGACAGCUUCGCCGAGAUCGAGGCGCUCGGGAUGCCAGAGCACUUCUGCGAAGACGAGCUUCUCUUCAUACUCAACUUUGACAAGAGGAAAAGCUUGACCUUGAAGUACUAUGCAAAGAAAAUCCUCUACUUCCUGAGACAACAGAACAUCUUGCGGAGUCUGAAGAGCUUCCUGGAGCAGCCUGCAGAGCAGCAGUCGGCGCUGGAAGGGGCUGUACUGGUGGACCAGUACUGUAAUCCCUUGGCUGAGGUGACACUGGUCGGUAUAUCGGCCCAGCUGGAUGACAUCGCUGAGAAAGUGAAGAAGAUGCUAAGAAUCAAGAACGCGUCUCACCCCAGCCUGCGACUUGCUCAAGGUGACACGUUUGCUGUGGAGGACCUUGAGCUGCAGAGACAAGUGCUGUGGGCGCUAAACUCAGUCUUAUAUGAGCAGCUUCAGUACAAAGGCAACGAGUUUGACUACUACAAUCCCCUCAACUCUUACAUCCACCAGGUGCUACUUCGCUGUACGGGCAUUCCCAUAAGCCUCUCUGUUCUCUACAUGACACUGGCCCGAAAGCUGGGUGUCCAACUGGAACCCGUGAACUUUCCUAAUCACUUUCUGCUGCGUUGGUGCCAAAAACCAAGAGGGAGCGAGGACAUCUAUGACUUCAUCUACAUUGAUGCCUUCGGUAAAGGCAAACAGCUGAGGGCCAAGGAGUGCGAGUACCUCAUUGGCCACCAGGUGACGGCAGAUUACUACAGUGCCAUCAAUACUACAGAGGUGCUGCUCAGGAUGGUGGGAAACCUGCUGAACAUCGGCAAGAAAGGGGAGGGCAAUGAAAAGUCAUACCAGCUACUGAGGGACUCUCUGGACCUCUACCUCACGAUCAACCCAGAUAAUGUGCAGUACCUGCUCCUGCAGGCUCGCCUCUACUUCCACCUGGGCAUCUGGCCAGAAAAGGUCAGGACACACAAACUGUUGUCAUUCAUUUCAAUCGGAGGUCGAGCACGUGUUGAUGUUUGUCGUCUGCCUCAGGUGUUGGACAUCCUGCAGCAUAUUCAGGCGUUGGACCCGUCCCAGCAUGGUGCAGUGGGUUACCUGGUGCAGCACACGCUGGAGCACAUCCAGCACAAGAAACACCCUGUGACGCCCGAGGUGAAGAGACGGGGCCCUUCGGAGCACGUGGAGGUCCAGUAUUCAGUGGGCCUCAUCAUGAAACACAAGAGGUCCGGUUAUAACUGUGUGAUUUACGGCUGGGACUCCAAAUGCACCAUGAGCCAAGAGUGGAUCACCACCAUGAGGGUCAACCAGUUGUCCAAGGGCGCCAACCAAGCGUUCUACAAUGUCCUUGUCCAGGACGGAACAUGCCGCUACACAGCGCAGGAAAACCUGGAGCCCCACUCGGACCCCCUGGAGAUCGGCCACCAGGAGGUGGGCCGCUACUUCUCGGAGUUCGCAGACACUCACUACGUGGCCAACGAGGAGCUGCAGACGCGGUACCCAGAGGACAUGGAUAAAACCCUGAGCACGGUGCAGGAGCGCUACCACAGACCCACAGCCGGCUCCGCAGACCAGGAGCAGAGCAAACACCAAGCCAUGUAGCGACCGAGCGUCUGCGGCCCCUGCUGUCCCGGACCAACCCGCCACUAGUCACCCAGCUCCACUCACAGUCCACUCCGCUGUUGUGUUGUCAUGUGCAGUAUUUACAAAUCAGGAGGAAAUAACCAAGAGGGAAAGUUGCCAACAGAGGAGAAGGGGAAGUAAAACUUGCAACACUUGGGUUCAAGUGCAGAUCUGAGAAGAUUUAUUUGAACAUUUCUAAGUGAGGACACGUCUGCAGAAAAGGUCAAAUGAGCUGGAAACAGGCAGCCGAUUGUUACAGUCGCUGCUUGGAAACAAAUCUCCGAACAUUACUUUGUGUUUGUUGUGAAGACAAAGCUGAACCUAUGCAGGCAUGUGGCCCGGUCGUCAGGAUAAUGGUACUAAUAGAAGUCCAAAAUGUUACACUAGUAGACACCUUAGAGGAGAAAUGGACAGACUGGACUUGAAGUAAGCAGUUGAGUGGUUGGUUCCAGAUCUCCUGAACCAGGACACGUCUUCACACCCACAGCGUCGAGUCUGACCCUCUUCUGUUGCAGUGCCACAAAUAUUCACUUUACUUUUAACUGACCAACCAUUGAGUUCAUUGCACUUCUGAAAGUUUAACGUUUACAUUUCUGGAGCGUCAUGUUCUUUCUGUGUAUUUAAGUUGAACUCUAACUGGAACAAAAGAAGAUGCACUAAAUUACUGUAAAACAAACGGAAACGAGUCUAAGCUUUAAGGAAACGAGGCAGAAAAAUAAAAGCGUUUCAAGUUUUA